AUGGCGUCUCUCGCACACACCACAUCGAGUCCGAAACCCCAGACCGAGGACCGUCACUUCGACAUGACACGCGCCGGCGGCGAUCGAGGUACAAGCGAGCAUCGCUGGGUUGGAGGGCUUCCGCCCGAGAUCUGGCUGUGCAUCCUCGACCAACUAUGUCCUCACUGUCGCCCUAGCCCGGUGCUCAAGCCGGGUGUCCAGUUUUCGGAUCGUCCAGAGUGGUCUAUGAUACCGGGGCCUCUGCGGCCGCGAUCGAGACGUGAUCUGCUAUCAAUGACCAUGACAUGCAGAGCGUUGCGAGACCUCGCGCAGAAUUACGUGUUUCAUUGCUACGACAGACCAAAUGGACUUUUAUUCUUGUCCUUCCGAGAGACUGUGACGCGUCGACCAGAUCUUGCCAGACGGGUCAAGGAGAUAGCCGUAUCUUCGGACACCUACCAAAGAUGGAUUCUCGCACAGCUCAGCAAUGUCCGCACACUCAACUUCGGAAUCCGACCUUUCCUCACGCUAGCGCAUUAUGAAGAUUCUGUCACCAAGAGAUUGGUACCGGUAGACUGCUUGCCAAAACUGGGAAACAUAACGCUCAAACCAGUUUCGGGCCACCAGAUAGUCGACAUUGCUCAUGGGAGGGUCUGGCUCGAGAAUCUGAUGCCUGCCGCGCCUAAGCUGCGAAGUCUGUGCUGUUAUCGAUUCACCGACUUUACGUACAGCUCACCCAACCUAGACAUAGUAUUCCCUGCUAAGAAUACAUCCCCAAACUACGCGGGGCUGCCAAAGAACAAGAUCACCAGCCUGAAUUUGUUGCAAACAUGGUUUCGUUUCCAUUCUUUGGGGAAACUGUUGGGCAACUUCAAGAAUUUACGUGAGUUCAAACUGUCACGCAUAAACAAAGCCGUGAACAGCGUCAUCGUUGAUGAAACAGAACGCCCUGUUGACGGCCAUGAUGUUGUAACCCUCCUCGAGCCUCUCAAACAGCAAUUGGAGAGCAUCGGCAUGUUUCCCGGGCUGCGUGUGGAGUCCUUGGGCGACAUGACGGACGAAGAGGCAGCUGCACACUUCGCCGCUUGUCUUGAAAAGAGAAAGGAUAUUCUCGUAAACCUCCUUCCUUGUAAGUCGCUGGAGUUCCUCCAUCUUGACGACUUCAACAGCUGGUUCGAGACCGCGGUGGUCGAGUUGGCUCGGCGUGCAAGCCGCGGGGGAUUUCCCAGCCUCAAACACGUGAGGCUGCGUGGAAACAGUUUGUGGAUAUCGGAUACUGCGGAGUGGGAACUGUUCUGGAAAGAAGAGAAGCUCGUGGAAAAGGACCGGCCACGAUACCACGGCCUGAAGAGCACGGUUCCAGAGAAAUACCGGCAUGAGGCAAGUGUCGAACGAGCCAUGUACGACGCUGAAAAGGAGUGCGAGGCCCGGCAGUUGUUUUUGGCCGCUGGCGUGCUGUUCGAAACGUUGUGUGUGAGUUGGCCUGUACCGGCGGACAAUGAUUCCAGUUUCAACAACGGCUGGAUGAGAGCGUAUCCUACAGCGUGUGCUGGAGAUUGCGGGAAUCCAGAUUGUAUCGUGGUGAAAAGCACACCAUGA